UGUAAUACACGUUUAUUCAAAUUCAGGGAAUGUAUCCAAGUCUGAGUUAUAAAUGAAGUGGACCGGUGCGAUCCGUUGCAGCCAAUCAUGACGUUCGUGCUCGUGCACAGGUGGCGGGAGGGUAUAAAAGGGGGCAGCGGGAGCGAGAGCGAAGGAAAUUAUGGUGCAUGCUAACGAUAUGGAGCGGAGGCGGGAUAAUGGCAGAUAAACAGCUUAAGAGGAAACGCACAGAGGAAUAUACAUUUAAAAAUAAAGGUUGUUAUCAGGACAGGUGGAAGAUCCGCGUUAAUAUCGGUGCGACUGCAGCAGUGGAAGGACCUCCGGGAGCUGAAAGGCCUGAAAACAGACGCCGAAGCCGCCAUUACUGCUCGACAGAGAGAAGGCGCAGAAAACUACCCAAGACGCAACUCCUACUCUCCCUGCAUCUCACUCCCAAAACACAACUGAGCUGUCAUCUCGUCGCUGCAAGAGCAUGGCACUGGCCUGGCUCCAGUCUCACCUGUCCUGCUCUCACCUGAUCAGUAUCUCCAGUAUCACACAUCAGCGCUCUCCAAGUAAAGCCUGCUGAACAGGACUGCACAGUGAGCCAUGCUGUCUGGUACUUGGCGGCGCUCUGUGGGGCAUCAGCAGCAUGCUGCAGCACCUGUGGUGGCCACCAGGGGGAUGACGGUGUGUGGAGUCCCCAGCGGUACAGUGGUCCUCGAGGCCCAGUAUGACUACAACUACCGCGGUGCCGAUGGACGUCAGGUCUGCAUAAGGGAGGGAGAGCGGUUUAUUCUCCUGAAGAAGACCAACGCUGACUGGUGGCAGGUGCGGAGGAUUGGGGCAGCCAGUAAAACAAAGCCUUUGUAUGUACCUGCUACGUAUGUGACGGAGGUGCCCAUUGCACCCAUGCCCUCGCCGCAGCGCCUGGUGAUGUCUGCCUCGCUGAACUCCAACCUCAGGAUACUGCCAAGGGUGGCGCUCACUCCCAGCCCGACAGAGACUCCCUGUAAUGAGCAGCAUCAAGUCAACAAACCCUUCUACCGCUCCAUGGAAAACCUCAACUCCAACAGUGCCUUCCAGGGGCUGGGCAACAACACCAGCACAGGUGGAAGACGCUUCCCCACACUGUCCCUCUCUGGAUUCCCCAUUACUCCCAACUCCUCCACCUCCCCAUCAGGCCACCUCAUGGUCCCUGGAUCCCUCACAGCCUCCACGGCCCAGAAGGCACCACCACCGAACCCCAGGGUGGUCCCCAUGAUCACGCGGAGCCAGAGCUCCAGCAACCUGUCUGAAAACACGCUGGAGAACCCGUACGACGAGGUGGGCGGCGGCCUCGGCACCCUCAUCAACCACAGGAUCCCGAAGAAGUCUUGCAGCCAGUGGGAUGUGGUGGGGGCCUCUGGCAAGAAGAACCAUCUGCAGGUCCCAACAGAGUCCUAUAUGUCGCAGCUGUCCUGGCAAGACUCACCUCUUUACACUGAAAACAUGCAGCCAGAGAAACUUCCGUCACAGCCGGAGCCGCCCCGCCCCGCCCCGGGUCAACAGCCUCUUCAGAUCAAGGACCUCUGGGAGCAGUACUCAGACCCAGCUACAGGUAGAUUCUACUACGUCAACACCAUCACCAAGGAGAGGUCCUGGAAACCCCCUCGCAGGGCUCGUGGACACACUAGCAACAUGGCCAGUCCAGUACAACCUCAGACAUUACCCAGGGAAACCAGCCAUCUGUCACUACCACUUUCUGAAGCUGGCAACGGAACUAUGCACAGGCUUUCACCUGAUUUCCUCUUUGGGAGCCACCAGAGGAAAACUGACAGUGGCUGGCAGAUGAAACAGAGCAUGCAGCGUGCAGCCUCGUCUGACACCAUUAGCACGAUGACGUUCAGCAAUGCAGAUGCUCAGUGCCAUAACUCUGCUCCCCUGCAUGAUGCCAAGCAGCAGCUCAGCCACUCUCAAUCUAUGAUCCUGCCUGAGAAUGGCAAGCUGGUGCAGCAGUGCAGAGAUUACUCCUGUAAUGUGACCAACAUCGUCGUGGAGCCUCCGUCUUCAGAGAGCUCUCCAGACAGCGAUGGCUGCACACCGGAGCUGGAGAAAGCUGGUCUCUUGAACAAGACAAAAAUUGCGGAAGGAGGCCGGAAACUGAGGAAAAACUGGAGUCCAUCCUGGGUCGUGUUGGUCGGGAACAGUCUGGUUUUCUUCAAAGAUCCUAAAUCACAGACCCCUUCCAGCUGGAAACCAGGAAACAGUCGCCCUGAGAGCAGCGUGGAUUUAAGAGGAGCACAGCUGCACUGGGCCAACGAGCUGUCCAGCAAGAAGAAUGUCUUCAAGCUGAGGACGGUGACAGGCAACGAGUUCCUGCUGCAAUCAGAGACGGACUCUCUGAUCAAAGAGUGGUACAACACCAUUCAGAACGUCAUCGACAGACUGGACCGUGAAAACCCGUUAGACAACGUCCUUCUGUACUCUCUGAGGAGAGCGGGCAGCGUGGAGAUGCUGGACCACAGUGGAGAUGAAGAUGAGAGGAGAACGUCACUCCCUCGCUCGACGUCCAACCUGGAGAACACAGAGAGGAAGAGAGUAAAGACCCGGCUGAAGAAGCUGAUCCUAAAGAGACCUCCUCUGCAGACCCUGCAGGAGAAAGGGCUCAUUAAAGAUCAGGUGUUUGGCUGUCGUCUGGAGAUGCUCUGCGAGCGGGAGAAGAGCACCGUCCCUCGCUUCGUCAGGCUUUGUACUGAGGCUGUGGAGAGGAGAGGACUGGACACUGAUGGCAUCUACAGAGUGUCAGGAAACCUGGCAGUGAUUCAGAAACUACGCUUCCUGGUGAACCACGAGCGAGCGGUGACUACUGACGGCCGUUACAUGUUCCCAGUGGAGUUGGUACAAGAGGAGAAGCUGAAUUUGGACGAGAGUGAGUGGGAGGACAUUCAUGUCAUCACGGGAGCUUUGAAACUUUUCUUUCGCGAGCUUCCCGAGCCUCUGGUGCCCUACGGCUUCUUCACAGACAUCGUGGAGACAGUCAAGAUGUCGGACUACAUGGACAAAGUGGACCGUUUGAAGUGUCUGGUGCUUAACAUGCCUCCUCCGAACCACGACACGCUGCAGUUCAUGUGCCGCCAUCUCAAACGAGUGUUGGAACAUACAGACAUCAACAGAAUGACCACACAGAACAUCGGCAUCGUGUUUGGGCCGACACUGAUGCGCCCGGAGCGGGACAACGGCAACAUGGCGGUGAAUAUGGUUUACCAGAACCAGGCGGUGGAGCUCAUCCUCAGCGAGUUUGACCACAUCUUUGGAACGAGAGGCCCCUCUUGAUCUUUUCGGACAGGGUGGGGGGUGAUGGGUUCAAAAGGCUCCUCCAGAUCAGACGAAAGCACAAGUAGUGCAGCGUUUGUCCUCUUUGCCUGUUGACUCAUAUGGUGUAAAAUGGAUUUCACAUCAAAAGAUAAUUACGGGGUAAAAAGAACCAGGACAGAAAGCUGCUAAUCAUGACAUCUGGCCUCCAUAUAAAGCCAUGUUAAAACAAUAAUAGUAAAACAAGCCAAUUUUAGCUGCAGUACUUGUGCCUUUGACUGCAAAUGUGGAGCCCAGCCCCGGUGUUCUUUACUGCUCGAACAGACGCCUCCUUGUCACUUUUCUUUCAUGUUUCAGACUCGAUCAGGAUAAAUAAAAAGCCAUAAAAGUGAUAGAUCUCCUCCAGCCUGUUCAGCUAGCUUUGUAUUAAUCAGUUAUUUAUCAAGGAAUGUGAGGAAGGACGCGUUGGAAACGUAGCACUGAAGCAAAACUUAGCAGAACCAUCUCACUGUGAAAACGCAUGCACCAGCACCUCUUGCAGGAAGGAUGGACAGAUCCCACCUGCAGUGUUACUGUAGGUAUACUGUACAAUUAUGCAAACAAGCAGGAAGCAGGCUGCGCAUGUAAAUGUACCCACAUCACCACUGAAGUUAUACAGUGUGUAUAGAUGAAAGGGUUUCCAGGCUCAUUUCAGAGAAGUCUUCAAAGAUAAAAGCAUAAUUUGCAGUGAUGGGAUGAAUGUGCCAACAGGGCAGCAAAUGUUCCUUUGUACCAAAUAGUACUUUGUCAUGUGUGUGGACCUUCAGAGUUUCCCUUACUGUACAAAUUGGGACCUGUCUUCUAUUUUUAUUAGCAAACUCCUCAGAUUAAGUUAAAUAUGAUGAAGUUGUAAAUAUGUGAAAUAGUGUGUUUGUCAACUUGUAGCACUUUGCAUACGGUCUGUAACCUAAACAUUAUAUAUAUUAGUCAAAUUCAAACUGAUACAUUUGCUUUGAAUGAGCAGAUUGAUGUUAGAAUACCUGAUUGUUAAACUCCCCUGCAAUAAAAAGAACUAAACAACUGA